GAAGAUGUCUGGCCUGAACAUUUCAUGUUGAUUGAAUCAGAGACUUGUGCACCGGGAUAUCUAAACUUGCCGCCUAGACGCUGACUUGUACCCUCUGGGAUCCGGCUACGUCCCUGAAAUUGACAGUGUCCAUGACAUAUCAGUUGGCACAAAGAGGGGAUCCGACGAACUCUUUUCUUCCUGCAUAUCCAACGGGCCCUAUAUCAUGAACUCAGCCAAUGGCAACGACAGCAAAAAAUUCAAAGGUGACGUCCGCAGUCCUGGUGUUCCGUCACGUGUGGUCCAUGUACGCAAGCUGCCCAAUGACAUAAAUGAGGCUGAGGUUAUUGGUCUGGGACUGCCCUUUGGGAAGGUCACUAAUCUGCUGAUGCUGAAAGGGAAAAACCAGGCGUUCUUGGAACUGAACAGCGAGGAGUGUGCACAGACGAUGGUGAGCUACUACUCCUCUGUCACCCCCGUCAUCAGAAACCACCCGAUUUACAUGCAAUACUCAACCCAUAAGGAGCUCAAGACGGACAACUCCCCUAACCAAGUGCGUGCCCAGGCAGCUCUGCAGGCAGUCAAUGCACUGCAUGGAGGUGGAAUGGGCAGCAUGGCCAUUUCCGCAGAUGCAGGUACCAUGGGAGGAGCAGGGACUCAAAGCCCUGUGCUCAGAGUCAUAGUGGAAAACCUCUUCUACCCUGUUACCCUGGACGUACUACACCAGAUUUUCUCUAAGUUUGGCACUGUGCUGAAGAUCAUCACUUUCACCAAGAACAACCAGUUCCAGGCUCUGAUCCAGUACGCAGAUGGCAUGACAGCUCAGCACGCUAAACUGUCUUUAGAUGGUCAGAACAUCUACAACGCCUGCUGUACCUUGAGAAUUAGCUUCUCCAAGCUCACCAGCCUCAAUGUCAAGUACAACAAUGACAAGAGCAGGGACUACACCCGACCAGACCUCCCAACUGCGGAUUCACAGCCCUCCAUUGAUCACCAGACCAUGGCUGCCGCUGCAUUUGCUGCGCCUGGCAUAAUCUCAGCCUCUCCCUAUGGUGGAGCACAUGCCUUCCCCCCAACCUUUGCUAUCCAACAGGCAGGUCUGUCGAUGCCUGGUAUUCCCAGUGCCCUGGCGUCCCUGGGUGUUGGCCACAGUGGCAUGGCGGCUGCAGCAGCGGCUGCCAGCCGGCUCGGCCUAUCAGGCCUCACUGCCUCUGGCGGACACAAUGUCUUGUUGGUCAGCAAUCUGAACCCUGAGAGCGUUACGCCACACUGCCUCUUUAUUCUUUUCGGUGUGUAUGGCGAUGUGAUGAGGGUGAAGAUCCUGUUCAAUAAGAAGGAGAAUGCUCUGAUCCAGAUGUCUGAUGGCACACAGGCUCAGCUAGCUAUGAGCCACCUGAAUGGCCAGCGGCUUCACGGCAGGGCCAUGCGUGUGACAUUGUCAAAACACACCACAGUGCAGCUUCCCAGAGAAGGCCACGAGGACCAGGGCCUCACAAAGGACUACAGCAACUCCCCGCUGCACCGUUUCAAGAAGCCUGGCUCCAAGAAUUACUCCAACAUCUUCCCACCCUCUGCAACACUCCACCUCUCCAACAUACCGCCCUCUGUGAUGGAGGAUGACCUCAGGAGGCUGUUUGCCAGCUCAGGAGCCACAGUCAAGGCCUUCAAGUUCUUUCAGAAAGACCGCAAGAUGGCCCUGAUCCAGAUGGGGUCAGUCGAGGAGGCAAUUGAGUCCCUCAUCGAGUUCCACAACCACGAUCUGGGGGAGAACCACCACCUUCGAGUGUCCUUCUCCAAGUCCACCAUCUGAGUGCCUUUCCUUCCUCCCUCCAAAUCUAUUGCCAUCUGAAUGCUACUUUUCUCAAGUUUGCCUUGAGUGGAAAUGGCAACCAUAACAUAUUUAAGACUGUUUCUGUGUAGAGUGUUGCUCCCUUCACCUCAAUACUUGGUCAUUCCCCACCAUUUAUAGGUUUGCGUAUCAGAUUUGAUCAAGUCUCCUUAUUGAUUCCAGUUCCUAUUCCGGAUUCCAAAUCUUUUCAUAUUAUCACAAAAACACCAAAAUAGGUUGAAAACAAAAACAUUUGGAAUAAAUGUAGACAAAUAUGAAUAUUCCUUCCUGCCAUUCACAAAUUGAAUUGUCGCUGUUCUACACUUGUUUGUGUUUGAGCUACAGUGGCUUGCAGUAGCUGAUUCUGGGGCAUUAUGACUUCAACUUGGGAUAUCAAAAACCAUGCCACAGGAAGUUAGACUUCCUCCAAUGCUGGAAAUUGUGAUCAAUGAUUCCAAUUUCCUGUGAUCAAUGAUUCCAAUUUCCUAUAUCACUUGUCAAACAUUAUCCAAAUGCAUAGGCGACAUAAACGAAAAAGACCAAACUUAGUUCAGGAGUCAAAGAAUAGAAUCACAGCGUGUGUCGGAGAAAAUCCCAGGUCUUUAAAAAAAAAAAUAAAAUAAAAUGGGAUCUGGUUCCAGUUCAGAACAGGUCCUUGGUGCCCAAACCUAAUAAUUUGUUCCAUCACAAAGUUUUGAGUGGGGUCCUGGGAAACGGGCAACAUUCUGCAUUGAAACAUUUUACUAUAUUGGAGGUAAAGUAGGGGAAGCUGAUGAACUGUCACUUUAGACCAAAUUGCUUAAAAAAAAAAAAAAAAAAAAAAAAUAAAAAAAAAAAAUUAAAAAAAAAAAUUAUAAAGAAAAAAGGAAGAAAAAAAAAAAGACACCCUCCACCACAGAUGUAUGCUUAUGUGGAUGAAUCAUAUCCACACCAGACACACUUCAGCAUUCCUUUUACUAUGAUAGUCGUGUGGAUAUAUCUAUGUGUGUGUGCCUUUUUUUUUUUUUUUUUUUUUUUUUUUUGAAAUGCCACUUUGAACCUGUUUGGCCAGUCAGAAACGGUUAGAGACAAUGAUUUUGUUUUGGCUCACAGACCAACAAACAAUUUAUUUCCCAGUAUCCAUUUUUAUUUUAUCUUCUUGUAACUACCCACAUAUUUGCUUUGGGGGAUCCAUACCACUAUCUGAAGUUGUUAUAAUAAGGACGCAUUCUUCUUUCAUUAUCUUUAUCUACAGUCUUGUGCCUUACUUUUGCCCCAACCAGAUUGCCUUAAGCAUUGCUCUGGCUUCAUUUGGAAAAGAUGUGGUUCUCAAAAUGCCUUUUUGUUUUCUCAUGCCUUUCGGUAUGUACCAGCAUUGUUAAAAUGGGGGAAAGUGGCUCAUUCAGUCUUCUGUUUCUUAUCUAAGGAUUUGUAUGCAUAUAGCCUCAUUAUAUAUGUAGAAACUAUGAAUGUAAGUCAGUUAGAUGCCUAAUAUCCUUGCUAGGUGAUGUAGCUCUAUUAGGUGUAUUGUGGCAGGAAGUAGAGCUGUAUUCAGCCCUCCUCGCCUACAGGUCCCAUUCAUUUUCCUUUAGUCCUCUCUCCGUAGGGCCAGUGGUGUUUGGGGCCUUAUUUAACCAUAUUAUGUUCAUCUAUAAGUGGACACCUAUAUAUUCAUUUAUCUUUUCUUUUUAAUGUUAGCAUUUAAAUGUGUAUCAAUUCUAAGCUUAACUGAUACCUAUAUGUAGUGGCUGGGUUUGAUCAUUAUCACAGUGCCUUGACUCCUUGAGUUUUUAAUCUGAGGCUGACACACUUUGCAGCCUCAUCAGUUGACUUUGUUUACCUCUCAUUCAGCUGUUUUAUCUUACCUGUCUGCAAAGAUGCCUUUAUCCCAUUAUAUUCAGGUAAUUGUACCUGUGAGAGGGCAGCUGGGGGGCAUUUGUCAAUUGAUAGUAACGACAGUCUUGGACUGUGUCGGAAAACCCAGUAUAUUUUUUCUCUUAAAUUCAGGAUAACAUGAUUACAGGGUGGGACAACCCUCACCCAUUCCCUGCCUGUGUCCACUUAAGCCACAGUCAGGUUCUUUAGUGCACUUUUCCUCAAUGAUAGGUCCAAGUUGACACCCUCACGCUGAAGUCUUAAACAUCGUCACAUUCCUGCGUGCCUCACGCACCAGUUUCCACCACUGUAGUCUUGGACCAGAUACAGACUUGCUCUGUCUCUAUUUUUGUAAAAGAUUAUUAUGCAUGAUUUAACGAAGCUUCAUGUAGCUGCAGACGGUUAUUGCUGUUAAGGACCAAAGUAUCUUCUAUCCCUGCUGUUUUGUAGUGUUGUGAUUUCUUAAAGGUUUUUUUUCACAUUCCUGCUAUUCCACAAGAACACAAGGCUUCGAUUUCCUUCUUUCUGUUCCUCAAAUGCCUUGGACAAAAGUCACAUGAAGUUAAAAUAUGUUUUGGGUAACAACAUAUACUGUAUAUUGUACCCCUUUUGUUUGAUUGACUUUACAAAGAGCCUAAUUUUGGGUAGAGAUCGCUUUAGAAUGGAUACUUAAUUGAUCCACAGUCCUAGCUGUGAUGUUGACAGUGUAGAAGAUUAUAUGCCUUUCAGUUAUUGUUAAAAGCUUUUAUUUUUCUCUCCUUUUUUAUAUGGGGGCGGGGUGGGGUUAUUGUAUGAAGCGGGGGUUGAUGGUUGUAUAUAUUCAUGUUUUUGUACCACAAAAUCAUUUGGAUUAUAUCCACUUUACGUUCAAAACAUGUAUAUUUUGAUAAAACAAUACAGACCUAUUGAGCUCUCUGGAGCUGUAAAAAACAAAAAAACUUUUGUAACACAAAGACAUUAAACCUAUCUGAACACAGAAGUGUCUCUGUAUGUGCCCCGCUCCCCCCUCCCCCCUUUGCCAUUCUGUUCUUGUCUCUUGCAUCUUCUGCUGCCUUCAAUAAAUCUUUAGUUUGUUCCUUCUUUCA